UUGAGGAGGUACCAGCAGGAGGGAGUGAACUGGCUGGGGUUCCUCCUCAAGUAUCAGCUCCAUGGCAUCCUGUGCGACGACAUGGGACUUGGCAAGACGCUGCAGACUAUCGCGGCGAUCGCGUGCGACACGCACCUGAGGAGGGAGAGGUACAAGAGGACGGGAGAGGAACGUGAUCGCCCCCUUCCGUCCCUCAUCGUGUGCCCUCCGACCCUCGUUGACCACUGGCAGCACGAGAUCCUGCAGUUCUGCAACGAGACCCUCGUCCCUAUCACCCUGCGCAGCAAGGAGGUAAAAGAGAGGGCGAGUCUACGAGAGGAGCUGCUGUCCUCUGACAAGGUCCUUAUCCUCUCCUACGACUCCCUACGCCUCCACCUCCUCCACCUCCUCAACUCCUCCAUCUCCUGGAACUUCGCCGUCCUCGACGAAGGCCACAUCAUCAAGAACCCUUCCUCCAAGAUCACAGCAGCCGUCAAGUCCAUCGGCCUGUGCUCCCUCCAUCGCCUCAUCCUGACUGGCACUCCGAUACAGAACAACGUGCUCGAACUCUGGUCGCUCUUCGACUUUCUCAUGCCAGGGUUCCUCGGCUCUGCUCAGCACUUCCAACUGCACUACGCCAGGCCCAUCCUCGACGACAGGGAGAGGAAGGAGGAGGCAAAGGUGAUCGAGGCCGGAGACAGAGCGCUGGACCGUCUGCACCGACAGGUCCUGCCGUUCAUGCUCAGGAGGACCAAGGAGGAGGUUUUGCAGGACCUUCCUCCCAAGAUCAUCCAAGACAUUCUUCUCCCGCUCACUCCGCUGCAGUCGCACCUGUACCGGCUUGCCGUUAGGAAGGGCGGGGAAGGAGGAGGAGGAGCGCAGGGAGAGAAGAGCAAGACGCUACAGACGCUGACGCAGCUCAAGAAGAUCGUCAACCAUCCCAUGCUGGUGCUGGAUGCCGAGCAGGAGGAGGACAAGCAAGUCAUCGCUCAAGUCUGCGGGCCAGGCGUCUCGCCCCAUGACAUCAACCUCUCUGCCAAGCUCCUCGCUCUCCACGAGCUGCUCGUCGACUGCGGCAUCGGAGUGGAGGAGGAGCAGAGCAGCAGCCGCGUCCUCAUCUUCGCUCAGAUGCGCUCCAUGCUCGAUAUCAUUCAGCGGGACCUGCUCGAGAAGAAGCUCCCGGCCGCCACCUACCUCAGGAUGGACGGAACCACCCCCGUUCACCAGCGCUUCGAGAUCCAAAAGGCUUUCAACUCUGACCCUACCAUCGACCUCCUCCUCCUCACCACCCACGUCGGAGGCCUCGGACUGACGCUCACAGGAGCAGACACUGUCAUCUUCAUCGAGCAUGACUGGAAUCCUAUGAAGGACUUGCAGGCAACACUCUUACAGGCCAUGGAUCGAGCGCAUCGCAUCGGCCAGACCAAGACCGUCAACGUCUUCCGUCUCAUCACUAAAGGAACAUUAGAGGAGAAAAUCAUGGGACUCCAGAGGUUCAAGCUC